UGAAAGUGUUGCCAACACCUUUUUGAUCGCAUCGCAAGUGGACAAUGGGAAAUCGAUCAAUUGAAGCGCAUGACAUUGUAUAACCGCAACGCACCACAUUUAUUGGGUAACCUGACACCUAGUGUCAGGGUAUGUGGUAUAAAAACUCGGAGUUGCCUCAAUUAUGGCAACAGUUAGCUGACAAUUUGUGGAGACACAGACCAAACGGAAGCACAUAUCUAAGCAUAUCGAGAUGGCAGCAAAGUUCUUCGUCCUGCUGUCGCUGGCUCUGGUGGGCGCUGGCCAAGCGGAGUAUAACUACAACGAGAAGGCAGCCACUGCCGUGAACUCCCUGGAGCAGAGCGCACCCAGCUCCUCUGGCGAGGAUUUCCUCAGCGACUAUCACACGCCCAGCAACAAUGCGUUGAACUCGCAGGCCACUCCCGAUGGCUACGACUACGUGGCGCCCCGUUCAAAACAAUUUGCAGCCGGCGGUAGCAGCUCGGCAGCUAGUGUACAUGCCUCGAAUCUGUUGCAAAGUGCCGUUAAUGCAGCUUCUGCAUCGGCCACCCUCCUGCCGUCGCCACUGCCCGUGCUGCGACAACACCAGGAGCCCGAGGUCUUCCCUCCUGCCAGCUACAGCUUCAACUAUGCCGUGAAUGAUGAGAGCACCGGCGACAUCAAGGAGCACAGCGAGACCCGCGACGGGUAUGUGGUGCGCGGCUUCUACAGCCUGGUCGAUCCCGAUGGCUACAAGCGUACCGUCACCUACACGGCCGACGAUGUCCAUGGCUUCAAUGCAGUUGUGAAUCGAGUUCCCUAUGCCCUCAAGACCGUGGCAGUCGCGGUGGCACCCUCAGUGGACGAACGCUCAAAGCUGGCGGCAGUGGACAUCACUCGGUCUUCGGGUGCUUCCUCUACGGAAUCGGAGGGAUCUCGUUCUGAAUCUGGCUCUGGUGCAGGACCCACAACUCACUCGUUCUCCCAGGAUAGCUAUGCCAAUGCACCGCGUGGCUUGGACGCUUCUGGCGGUCCCUAUGCCUGAGUUCUGCUGCUCUGCUAUGCGGUGCUUGUAUACUGCUUCAUUGUGUUCCAUCUAAUCCAUCUAGUUCUGUAGAUACUCCAUUAAAUACGAUUA